AUGGAACGCGUCAAGAGAUUAGCUGCUCAAAUUACUGGAACAAGCGGGGUGGCCGCGUUGGAGAAGAAGAGCCCCGACGAUGUGGUUAUCACCAUGGCCAUUCGCUCGCCCCUGUGCAAGGCGAAGAAGGGAGGAUUCAAGGAUGCAAGGACUGACGAGCUCAUGCUCGAGAUGUUCAGACAAUCCAUUGCCCACUCAAACAUUGACCCUUCGCUCAUUGGUGACAUCUGCGUCGGAAACGUCCUCUGCACAGAUGGAGUGUACCACGCCCGUGCGGCGGCCCUCGCAGCAGGCUUCCCGGAAACCGUCCCAGUGCAAGGCAUCAACCGUUUCUGUUCAAGUGGUCUCAUGGCAGUCACCACCAUCUCCAAUCAAAUUCGCGCCGGUCAGAUAGAUAUUGGACUUGCAGUUGGUGUGGAGAGUAUGUCACAAAACCCUGACAACGGCGGACCCGUGCUCAGCGAAGAGAUCGCGGCUCACCCAGCGGCAGCCGACUGCCCGAAGCCGAUGGGUUGGACUAGCGAGAACGUCGCUGAGGACUUCAACAUCUCUCGUGACGACCAGGACGAUUUCGCCGCCAAGUCUUUCCAGAAAGCGGAGAAGGCAGACAAAGCGGGCUACUUCCAAGGCGAAAUCGUUCCGUUCACCGUGUAUCAAACCGAUCCUGCCACUGGUGCGCGCAAGAGGGUCAUCAUCACCAAAGACGAUGGAAUACGGUAUGGCACGACUAAGGACAACCUGGCUAAGAUCCGAUCGGCAUUCCCCCAGUGGGGUAAGGGUACCACGACGGGCGGAAAUGCCAGCCAGAUCACGGAUGGUGCUGCUUCUGUCUUGUUGAUGACCAGGCGGAAGGCGGAAGAGUUGGGUCUGAAAAUCAUCGCAAAGCACGUCACCACCACGGUCGCUGGUGUCCCACCCCGCGUUAUGGGCAUCGGCCCCGUCUUUGCCAUCCCUGCGGCUCUCCAGAAAUCCGGUUUGACGAAGGAAGACGUCGAUCUGUUUGAGAUCAACGAGGCGUUUGCAUCUCAAGCUGUCUAUUGCGUUCGCGAACUGGCACUGGAUGCACGUUGCACCGGAGCUCGACAGAUUGCAACCGGCCUCAACGAACUAGAACGACGCAAAGGCAGAGUUCUGGUGACUUCGAUGUGUAUUGGGACUGGAAUGGGUGCAGCUGGUGUGUUUGUUCGAGAAGCCUGA